UUCCUGAUUAUGGUGAUAAAAUUCUUGGAUCACCUAAUUUUCUUCCAGAUGCACUUACCACAUGAUUAACCAUAACAAGCCUACAGUUCAGAAUUUACCUCAAUAAUUCCCGUGAUCAAGAAUUUCAGUUGAAAAAUGUGUAAUUAUUAUUUUUUUUCUCUUUCUGUAACCUUAGAUUUUUUCCUAUGUUAAACACAACUAGAGAAUCCAAGAAAGAUUAUCAGUGAAUAGAGCAUGAUGGACCGCAUAGCGCAGUGGAUUAGCGCGUCUGACUUCGGAUCAGAAGGUCGUGGGUUCGACUCCCACUGUGGUCGUAUUGUAUUUUACUUCUGAACUGAACUUUUAGGGAAACGACAUCGUUUCCCAAUACGUGAGUUUUGAAUGUGAGGCUGCGAGUGAGUGUGGGUGGAUAAGUGAAGUUAACGUAGUGUUCGUCUGCGAAAUUGAAGGUGAUGAUGGAUUGUGGGGUGAAGAGACGUGAGAGUGUGAGAGAGGAAGAUGAUGAAGUGAUGAUAGUAACACCAUUGGGGGCUGGAAACGAAGUGGGUCGUUCAUGCGUGUACAUGUCCUAUAAGGGUAAAUCCAUAUUGUUCGAUUGUGGAAUACACCUAGGUUUUUCAGGCAUGUCCGCCUUGCCCUAUUUCGACGAGAUUGACCCUUCCACCCUCGAUGUUCUUCUCAUCACUCACUUUCACUUGGAUCAUGCUGCGUCCUUGCCCUACUUCCUCGAGAAAACCACCUUCAGAGGCCGCGUUUUCAUGACCUACGCCACUAAGGCCAUCUACAAGCUCCUCUUGUCUGACUUUGUCAAAGUCAGCAAGGUCUCCGUCGAAGAUAUGCUUUUUGAUGAACAGGACAUCAAUCGCUCCAUGGAUAAAAUUGAGGUUAUUGAUUUCCAUCAAACAGUGGAAGUGAAUGGUAUUCGAUUCUGGUGUUAUGCUGCAGGCCAUGUCCUUGGUGCUGCUAUGUUCAUGGUUGACAUAGCUGGUGUUCGAGUGCUAUACACUGGAGACUAUUCACGUGAAGAAGACCGCCAUCUCCGUGCUGCUGAGAUCCCACAGUUUUCCCCAGACGUAUGCAUCAUAGAAUCCACCUAUGGUGUACAGCAUCAUCAGCCUCGCCACACACGAGAAAAACGCUUCACCGAUGUUAUCCACUCAACCAUUUCUCAAGGGGGUCGUGUGUUGAUUCCAGCAUAUGCCCUUGGCCGUGCACAGGAGCUCCUCCUCAUCCUUGAUGAAUAUUGGGCAAAUCAUCCUGAACUCCACAAUAUACCCAUCUAUUAUGCUUCUCCACUUGCAAAAAAGUGUUUGACUGUUUAUGAAACAUACACCCUUUCCAUGAAUGACAGGGUCCAGAAUGCAAAGUCAAAUCCCUUUUCCUUCAAGCACAUAUCAGCUUUAAGUAGCAUUGAAGUUUUCAAAGAUGUAGGACCAUCUGUGGUGAUGGCAAGCCCUGGUGGGCUUCAGAGUGGCUUGUCGCGACAAUUGUUCGAUAAGUGGUGCUCUGAUAAGAAAAAUACUUGUGUUUUACCAGGAUUUGUUGUUGAAGGGACAUUGGCAAAAACCAUCAUGACUGAACCAAAGGAAGUGACUCUCAUGAAUGGACUCUCUGCACCUCUUAACAUGCAGGUGCACUACAUUUCCUUUUCUGCUCAUGCUGACUCUGCUCAAACAAGUGCGUUCUUAGAAGAGCUCAAUCCUCCUAACAUAAUUCUCGUUCAUGGGGAAGCUAAUCAGAUGGGCAGGCUCAAACAGAAGCUCACAAGUCAAUUUGCUGAUCGCAACACCAAAAUCCUUACUCCUAAAAACUGUCAAUCUGUAGAAAUGCAUUUCAAUUCACAGAAAAUGGCAAAAACCAUAGGGAGGCUGGCUGAAAAAACACCAGAAGUUGGUGAAACUGUCAGUGGUUUGCUAGUAAAAAAAGGCUUCACAUAUCAGAUAAUGGCACCUGAUGAUCUUCAUGUCUUUUCACAGCUAUCAACAACAAACAUAACUCAGAGAAUUACCGUUCCUUACUCUGGUGCCUUUAGUUUCAUACAGCAUAGACUCAAACGGAUAUAUGAGAGUGUAGAGCAGUCAGUGGAUGAAGAAUCUGGAGUUCCAGAAUUGCAAGUUCAUGAGUGUGUUACUGUGAAGCAUGAAGCUGAAAAGCAUAUCUCCUUGCAUUGGACAUCAGACCCCAUUAGUGACAUGGUAUCAGAUUCAAUUGUUGCUCUGAUUUUAAAUAUCAACCGUGAUGUCCCCAAAAUAAUGGCUGAAUCUGAUGUGAUUAAAAUUGAGGAAGAGAAUAAGAAGAAGGCUGAGAAAGUUAUGCACGCCCUCCUUGUUUCACUCUUUGGAGAUGUGAAGGCAGGUGAAAACGGGAAAUUGAUAAUUAACAUUGAUGGGAAUGUAGCAGUGCUCAACAAAGAAAGUGGGGAAGUUGAGAGUGAAAACGAAGGUCUCAAGGAAAGAGUAAGAGCAGCUUUCCAGCGCAUUCAAAGUUCUGUAAAGCCAAUUCCUCUAUCUGCACCGUAACUUUCUCCUCUCCUUACAUUGUGUUGGGAAGGUGAAAAGCCAUUGCUCCUUCAUCCCAUCGUAUCAGGUCCUGCCAGAUUAUGUCACAAUUGCAGGCCCCUCCUUCAUCCUAACUGGCCCAGGAACUAGGAAGCAUGGAUGCAGGAUGCUCCUAGUGAUAAUGCAGCUGCUGAAGCAACUCCUAAUGUUGUUAGAAAGAAAAUUUACAAAGGAUCUACUACAAUUUCACACAAAAACUGAUCCUAAAUGUAAGCAUUUUGUAUUUAAAAGAGUGAAGAACUAAUAUGUAUAUUUGCCUUCACUGUGCACAAACAUAUAGGGGAGACCGGGAUGGGGUAUAAAUAAAAUGAAGCAUCAUCUUACGGGUAAAUCAUGUCAAAUAUCUUCUUGUAAAAUUGUUUUUAUUAUUAUUUCCCCUCAUUUCAAGGGAAAAUAGGGAAAAAAAA